UCGAACCAUAGUACCUCGAUAGAGCAUCGAAGGUAUUGCGCCUCCAAAAUCUGUUCAAGCUUCUGCCCAGUUGGUCGCACCAUCUCAUUAUGUCUAGCCAGUUCCGUGGCAAUUUCUGGGUUAUGCUGGACGGAGCCGGAGUUACUUUCUGUUCCACCCAUUUUCUCGGUCUGUUGUCCGCAGGAACACCUUUUAAUUGUUGCGCUUUCCAUCUAGCACAAGCUGGUGCAGAAGGCGCAGGUUUUACAAAAGCAUCAUCUUCAUGUUGCAUUGUCAUAUGGCAUACAUUGACGCAAAUGUUAAAGUCAUCUAUGGCCUUUCUUUACGUUAGUUCUCAAGAUACCCAAUUGUCAACGUUCUUAUGGUUAAAUCCCUCAAUCUCUCUUUGCACGUAGUCAUGUUCGGACAAAAAUCGGCACCAAGCCAGCGAUAGAAGGAUUAUACCCGACGGCAAUUGCAGCUUCCAUUCGACUCCCAUGGCCGCUGCCGGGGAUAGAGAACUCCUCCUACCGUUAUUGUCUCUUCAUACUGAAGAUGGCACCCCCUUCCUCUUAAGCAUGUUUACUAUUCAUAUACCAGGUCUUAAAACUCCAUUUCCAAGA